UCAGUACUGUAAACGCACAAGCAGAGACGAUUGGUUCGUGAGUUGCCAUUUUGAGCGUGUAUUUAUGAGUAAUUCUACUUAAAUUACAUAUUAUUAUUAAAUUUUAAUGGUAUUCCUUUGAGUUAUCACAAUCUUUAAAAAGUGUGGAUGUGAAAUAAUUUGUUAUAGUGUAUGAUAAAGUGUUUGAUUUCAUGUUUGGGGUUAGUACCGGUUACCGAAUAAACCGGUACAUGUCGAAUAGAUAAGUUCACGUCAAAUACGAAAGAUGUCACUACUAAAAAAUCUGGAACAACUUCCGGUCUUCAGAAGGAAACGAAGGGUAACCGAAGCGAUAGAUACGGUCCUAACCGUAGUUUGCCGAAUACAGUCGAGGACGCCCGAUCUUGGUGGAGGCCCGUAGCCAUGUGUUGCGGUCUGCCGUGAGUGCUUUCUGACAAGGGAGGUGCGGUGUCUGCAUUUUUUCUUUACUCGUCACAGCCCGGAAAAUCGGGAUUUUUCGAAUAAAUAGACGAGGUAUGUGUACUUACGGUACUUUGGCGUAGCAUCAAUAAGAUUCGAAAGUGUCAAAGUGCGAGAAAAAUUCAAUAUUUCGAAAAGAAAGUGUGUAUAUUUCUCGCGCGGCGUCGGCCGAACGAGACGACGAAGGAGUUCUGCUUCGUCUCUCGAUGUAUACACGAGUAGACUACAGUCGGUAUGUGUGUUUGUUUGUGAGAGUGCGCGAUCGAAACGAAGAACACCGAUUCGGAUCAGUUGAAGACCGGUAGACGUUUACAAAUGCAGGAACUGAAACAGAGGCAUCGAGUGGAAACGAAAAAAGAGAGAGUGCGCAUGAUAAUCGUGUAUCCUCGAUAGCUACCAGAUAGAGACGGAUAGGGUGCUGCGUGCAACUUCUCUUUUCUACACGUACAUAUACAAACACAAUACGUACACAUAAUACAUAUACGACACGCACGUACGACGCACGCACGCACGCACGCACGCACGUACGUACACACGCACGCACGCACGACGCACGCACGUACGCACGCACGUACGCACGCACGCACGCACGCACGCACGCACGCACCUACUAUAUUUUUUCGUUCUCGCUCUCGUAGAUGCUCCGAUCUUCUCUUUCCUUUCCCUUUUUCAUCCUACUAUUUCUAUCUUUCUCGAUAGCUCUGACUCUGUGUGCCUUGCGCGUGUAGUAGGCCGAGCACGCGAGCAAACGACAAACGAACGAAUGCGCACGGGCAUGUUCGUUUCUGUGUUAGUAUUAGCGUCCCGUUCGUUGUGUUUUGUGUAUUCUGCUUGUAACGAGUGUCGCCCGGACAUAUAUUGCAAGUAUGGCUGGUUGAUCAAACGGCGAUGUCAGUUUCGUAAUUUCUAAUUAUACUAUAUCUUUUUUGUCUACACACAUUCAGAACUCGGAGAAGAGGCAAUUAUCGAAUCUAUUCAGGCUUACGAAUGUGGUCUCGUAAAAGGGAAUCGCGUACAAUGUACUUACGUGUUCUCGGACUUUGGGAAAGUGCUACGUAUGUUUGUUCCUUCGUCGCAUGUUCGUGUUUAUCGAGUGUGACGAAAAACUGUGUCCGAUCACUAUGUGUGUUUACUUCGAAAGCUUAAGAGAAUUGGAAAAAUAUAAUAGAAUGUAAAAAAAGAAGAGAGGGGGGGGAGGGAAAAAUCGGAGGAAAUUAGAAACGGAGAGAAACAAAGCAAGGUUGAAACGAGUGAGUGAGAGUGAAGGUGGACGAGCCACACCGGUUAGUUAACGCCACUACCGAAAAAGAAGAAGAACAUGUAGUGUGUCGCAUGGAUAAUCAAGCUUAAGUAUACACAAUUCGCAAACAGUGCAUACAGUGCGAAUAUAUAUGUGUUUGCAAAAAUGUGUACGGACCCGAGCGCUUGUGUAUUUAAACAUAUCGAGAUCUGGUUGAAUGAUAGUUGUUACUAGUGUAUUCGUUUAUGCGUGGUUAUGUAGGUGCGUGGGAACGAGGUCGUGAGGUGAAUUUACUACGCGUCAUGAGACACUCGACAAUACUCGGAAAAUUGGUCAUCUUUCUUGGAAUUGGAUUACCUUCUGGAAUACACCAUCCUCGAUGAAUCCACAUGAACAAUAACGGGAGCAUCGACGGAAGGAAAAAGAAUCUCGAGUCUGGCAAGAAAGGAUGGAUUUUUGAAACGAUCAACACGCAAACCUAUCCAGCCUUCGAUAAAAGCGCACGAUGAUCGAAAUUUUGGCAAACGAUGAUGGAAGUACGAACACCGUUUUAGCGGCGAGUUGGAAAGAGAAAUCACGUUCGAGAUUCACGUUCCGUAAAAGGAUCAAAGGAAGGAGAGCCUAAUCGAGAGCGAAAACUGUUUUUGCGAGGAAAACAACGUGGAAAUAUAUAAGGGAAGAGCGAUCGUUUAACGCGAAAUGCGAGAUAAAGGGACGUAAGAGCGCCGGUCGACGACGACGACGACAACGACGAGCAACGGACAAGAAGAGACGAUACGUCGGAUAAGGGCGACGCAAAUG